AUGGCUGUCAUAUCAGGCUUGCCAUUGGUGGUAGCCGCCGCCUUUCUCGACAGCCGGGUGGUGGAACAUGGAAAGCUCCAGAGAUACGAACAUGACCUCAUGCCAUCUGCCGCGACGAUAGGCUCUAGCCACAGGAACAGAUUUCCGGGACAUGCUGCCGAGAAGAUGAUCGACGCAGACGAGGGGCCGAAGCCACGGCUCGGCCUCUUGGAUAUGCCGAACGAGAUGCUCCUGGAGAUAAUGGCACAUCUACCACUGUCAGGGCUAUACUGCCUUCGACAGACAUCGUUCCUGUUCAUGCAGCUCUUCAGCCGUCCAGAGUUCAACCACCUCCACGAGCAAGUGCCGGACGGCAUACCCCCUGACAGAGACCUGACCCGACCCGACGUCGGAUGGGCCAAGUUCCGGAUAAGCUGCCUCUCGGCCAAGGACAGAUAUCAUCUCUCGGUCCAGGUACAGCGGCAUCUGUACUGCGCCCCGUGCCUCGAAAAACACGAUUCCGGGAUGCUGGAUAGAGCCCUAGAGCGGUAUUCGGAGCCGGUGGAAUGCGCCGGAUGCAAUAUGAAUCACGCAUUGGCCCUCUUCCGCCAAGAAGACAUAAGACUAAAGCGUCUUGAUGGACGCCGGCUCAGCUGCAUGGGGCGGUACGGGACCGUCACUCCCUGCAAGCACGGCCAGGCGAAGGUGGUGAAGUGGCCGGAGAUCGAGGGGAGAUACAAUACCAGAGGCAUCAACCCCGACAGCGAGAUCAGGCCGGCGCUCUGCCACAGCAUAUGUGGCAACCUAUGGCACAGGCCGGGCGGAUACGACCCAAGGCUGGGAAGGGACGUGGUCGAUACGGUAUCCGAGUUCCCGAGGCUGGUGAUUGGCCGUCACAGCUGGCGCCUCCCGCCGAUGCGCGCCAUGAUCGGCUUUGGAUGGGACUUCCCCCUGCUGGACGUCGACACGGCCGACCCGCCCAGCCUGCACGAGAUCCGCACCGCCCUGGUCAAGCAGCUGACGGAGAGGAGGGCCGCGCUCAACAUCCAGAAGCGCUGCCGGCACAUCACCUUCGACCAGCUCAGGGACCUCGCACGGCGCGGCUUCUGCGGCGGCAUCGAGCCGAACGGCCCGCUGCCCUACGACCCGCAGACGCGGCGUCGGUCGGCCUGCUGCAGCUGCCACGUCGAGCCCUGGAAGGCCUGCAGAGUCUGCGGCGCCAUGUACUUCUGGUCCUGGACCGGCGGCCGCGUCUACCUCAGCUACCGGUACUACUGGAACGCCUACGGCGCCGCCAGCCCCGGAUGGGUCUUCCUCCUGGACGAAGUCCACCAAAGGAAGCAUCUCGACGCCCAGGGGAAGCACGUCCUGUGGUGCGACUCCCCGAGCUGCCACACCAACAGGAUGCAUCGCUGGGAGGCUAUUGUCAAGGCGGAUUGCAUCAACGAAGAGCGGGCCCUGAUGUCCCGCGACGAUAACCGUAUUCUCGACGAGAUUCCCUUUCCUGCCACGGAUUACAGGGAAAUGAAGCGCAUGUCCCUGGGGACUCAUAAGUUCCUCGAAUUUUGGUAG